GAGAAACGGGCUCAGGGAAGACCACUCAGAUCCCUCAGUAUCUCUACGAAGCGGGAAUCGGCCGCCAGGGCAUCAUUGCAGUGACCCAGCCUCGCAGAGUAGCAGCGAUAUCUUUAGCCACCAGAGUCUCAGAUGAGAAGAAGACAGAGCUGGGAAAACUGGUCGGCUACACUGUGCGCUUCGAAGAUCUCACAUCUGAUGAAACUAGGAUCAAGUUUCUGACAGACGGGAUGCUCCUCCGUGAAGCUAUUGGGGACCCCAUGCUGCGCAAGUACAGCGUUGUCAUCCUGGAUGAAGCCCACGAGAGGACCAUUCACACCGAUGUGCUCUUCGGGGUGGUGAAAGCAGCACAGAAGAAGCGGAAGGAACUGGGCAAACUGCCACUAAAGGUGCUCGUCAUGUCAGCCACGAUGGACGUGGAUCAGUUCUCCCAGUACUUCAAUGGAGCUCCUGUUCUCUAUUUAGAAGGCAGGCAACAUCCCAUUCAGAUCUUUUAUACCAAGCAGCCUCAGAGUGAUUACCUACAAGCAGCGCUGGUAUCGGUCUUCCAGGUGCACCAGGAAGCACCUUUUUCUCACGACAUCCUGGUGUUUCUGACCGGUCAGGAAGAGAUUGAAGCAAUGACUAAAACCUGUCGAGACAUUGCCAAGCAUCUCCCUGAUGGCUGCCCUCAGAUGGUCGUGAUGCCUCUUUAUGCUUCUCUGCCCUAUUCUCAGCAGCUCCGAGUCUUUCAAGCUGCCCCCAAGGGUCAUCGCAAAGUGAUCCUCUCCACAAACAUUGCCGAAACCUCCAUCACUAUUGCAGGGAUAAAAUAUGUUGUGGACACGGGCAUGGUCAAAGCAAAGAAGUACAACCCUGAAGUUGGUCUGGAAGUGUUGGCAGUCCAGCGUGUGUCAAAGGCCCAGGCUUGGCAGCGGACAGGGAGAGCAGGACGAGAGGACAGUGGGAUCUGUUACCGCCUCUACACAGAGGAGGAGUUUGAGAAGUUUGACAAAAUGACAGUACCUGAGAUACAGAGAUGUAACCUGGCCAGUGUGAUGCUGCAGCUCCUGGCCUUGAGAAUUCCCAACGUACUCACCUUUGAUUUCAUGUCCAAACCGUCUCCUGAUGCAAUUCAAGCAGCCAUUGAGCAGCUGGACCUGCUGGGGGCUGUGGAACGAAAAGAAGACCAGCUUGUCCUAACUCCCCUGGGAAAGAAGAUGGCAAUGUUUCCACUGGAACCCAAGUUUUCUAAAACCAUCCUUCUGUCCCCUAAGUUCCACUGUACGGAAGAGAUUCUGACCAUCGUCUCGCUGUUGUCUGUGGACAGUGUCCUCUACAAUCCCCCAGCCCGGCGGGAUGAAGUGCAAUCCAUCAGGAAGAAGUUCAUCUCCAGUGAAGGGGACCAUCUUACCUUGCUCAACGUGUACAGGGCCUUCAAAAAUGUCAGUGGCAACAAGGAAUGGUGCAAAGAGAACUUUGUCAACAGCAGGAACAUGAUGCUUGUGUCAGACGUCAGAGCUCAGCUCAGGGACAUUUGUUUAAAGCUAUCGAUGCCAUUGGAGUCUUCCCGCUCGGACACGGGAAACAUCCGCCGCUGCCUGGCUCACAGCCUCUUCAUGAACGCCGCGGAGCUGCAGCCGGACGGCACCUACAGCACCGUGGACUCCCACCAGCUGGUAGCCAUCCACCCCUCGUCCGUCCUCUUCCACGGCAAGCCGGCCUGCGUGGUUUACAACGGGCUGCUCCACACCAACAAGUGCUACAUGCGGGACCUGUGCGUGGUGGAUGCCGACUGGCUCUACGACGCAGCCCCCGACUAUUUCCGCAGGAAGCUCCGAACGGCCAAGAACUGACCUGCAGGUCACCCCUAGGUCAAGGAUUUUUAGGCUCGCUCAAUAAGACUGUUGUUUUGUUUUGUAAUGAAUGUAGGGGAAUGACAGAGUAAAGAGCCUUGUAAAUCAGGUAAAAGACAUUAGAGGAAAAUGGUGGCUCCGAGAGAGCCAGACCUCAUAGUCUCCUUGGCUUAGAACAAUCAUCCUUUAUAGCAGUUAAUCUUUAAAAGGGAAGCAUAACAACUGCUCUGUGCAUGCGUGUGUAUGUCUGUGUGUGUGAUGAAUCUGUGCUGGGGGGAAAGGGAGCUGGUAUCUGAUUCUAGUUUAUAACACUUGUGGACAUCUAACUACUUUAUAUAUGAAGAAAUGAAAUCCAAAGAGCUCUUCUGAGCAGACUUGGUAUUUUUUGAUGAUUGUGCUUGUAUCCUUAGCAGGUUUUACUGGGGAGGGGGAAAAAAAAAAGGGAGAAAAAAGUUUUACAUCUCUAUAUACAGAGGACAAAAGAGGCAUUUUUAAACUGUUUCUAGAAGGGAGGUGCUACUGUCUUUUACCUCAGCAAACAUCUUCCUGCCUGCGUGUCAUGUUCACCAUGUCAGUGUGGAGGAGGCAGCCAUAGAUUCUCAAUAUUUGCAUUUUACCACUCGCAACCACAGGGCAAAUCUGCUCUGUCCAGGGCGCUUUUCUCCCUGCAGAGCACAGGAGGGACUCGCUCCUGGAAAGGAUCCGGUGUUGGAGCAGCUAACGCCUGGCUCCUUCCCCACGCUGCGUCUGGCCCUCCUGGCCUUGGAGCUGGUGCGCCGUCCACAGCAGCUACUCUGGCUACUUUGAGGUGAACUCAGCAAACCAAGUUGGAAGACGUGGUUUGGAGGCUAGACUUCUUAAACAGCACCGGAAUCCUCAAAUGUUUCUUCUGCCCCGACACUGGCACUUCCCUCCUAAUUCCAGCCCCCCAUUAUACUUAGGCUCUGCAUUAGCAGUUUGGAGCUUAGCAGGGUUUAUCGAGAUCCAUAGAUCCACCAUUAGCAAUAUUUAUUUGUAUUUUUCCAUAGCCCCUUGGCAUCCAGGUAUCUUUUUAUUUUCCUCCUUUUGGAGAGAAGUAGCAAUAAGAAACUUAAUCCUCUUUUUAAAUACUAGUAUUAAGGAACUAGAAUCACUCCAAAGGUGGUUCUUGCUCUUUGGUGUGAAGGAAAAUGGGUUUGUUCCAUUGUGACUGUGUCUGGGUGGAAGAAAAUCUUAACUUGUUUUUAAAUGGUAGCCUAAGUACUUCUAAAUAACCUCUCUGGGAGAGGUAGCUUCCAGUUUCAGCAGAGUCUGUUGACACAGUGUAUUAAUUUAUAUCGAUUUUUGGAUGAGUAGAACUCAGAUUUGUUAUACCAAGGGUGGGGUAGGAAGUGGUUCUGUAAAUGCAAUGUCAUUAUAUAACACAGUGAGAAUAGCUAACACGGGCCUGUGGCUAACCUAUUGUUAUUGUAUUCUUCCAGCCUCAAUUUAAACUCAUGACAUUUCCAUGGGACUGCUCAGGGAUGCAGUCGUAUUGGCAAGCCCUUGGUCACCCCAUUUGCACGGGGAGUAAACAAGCUGGUAGCUCUGCUCGGGUGGUCUGUAGGAUCAAGCCGCACUUCGCAUUCAGUAAAAUGCCCUUUCUCAUUGCACGCAUCACGUUACACAAUGCAUAUAUGUAAUAGCAGUAAUAACAGUACGUAUAUGGUAAUAUGCCUUCUGUUAGGGUAAAUCAAUAUUGAUUUGCCUUGGUCUCUAUGAAAACUGAGGCAAAUACUUUUUUUUUUCUUCUUUUUAACUGAAAACUCCAGAAAAGUGGAGUUUUCUUGUGCUGAUUAGCAAUGUGCUGUCGCCAAAGAGAGGAAAUAGAGUCGUCUCAGGCUGCUCCUGCAGGGUGACACCGAAUGUUUGCAGGGAUCCA